AGUAAAAACGGUAUGAUCCGCAAGUGCAAUGGUAAUGUGAAUAUUGAUAUCUAUUAGUUUUGCUUCGUAUAUUCUCAGUGCUCUGCCGGUUUAAGAACGACGCGACUUUGUUUGGCCACAAUGAAGUACCUCAACCAACAAGAGGCUAUCGCAAUUGACGAGGAAUUGUUCAAUGAUUACAAGUUUAGUGUUGAUCAGUUGAUGGAGUUGGCUGGUUUAAGUUGUGCCCAUGUUAUCGCCGAUGCUUACACGCCCAACAGCUUAAAAAGCAACAAAGUACUUGUUUGUUGUGGUCCGGGUAAUAAUGGAGGCGAUGGAUUGGUGGCUGCUAGACAUCUUUCUCUGAUGGGCUACGAUCCUUACGUGUACUAUCCGAAGAGAACCGAAAAAUGUUUAUUUAUGAAUUUACAACAUCAGGCAGAGUCGAUGGGAAUCGUUGUUAGCGCUGACUGCCCUCGGUCUGAAUGGGUGGAUGAGGAGUUUGGACUUAUCAUCGACGCACUGUUCGGGUUUAGUUUCAAGCCACCGGUACGGGAGUCUUUUAUGCCAAUUAUGUCAGUUUUACAAAGUUCCAAGAUACCAAUCGUAAGCGUUGACAUUCCGAGUGGCUGGAACGUUGAGGAAGGACCUCUAGGAGAAUGCGCUAUUAGUCCAGCAUGUCUGAUUUCGUUGACGGCACCAAAGCUUUGUGCAAAACAUUUGAAAAAUGCGCGUCACUAUCUUGGAGGACGAUUCGUGCCAAAGACCUUAGAAGCAAAAUACUCUCUGGAUCUUCCUUCGUAUGAGGGCAGCAAUCUUUUUGUGGAACUCUAAU